AUGCAUUGGAAUUCUAGACUAACCCGGGCUUUGGAGCUAGUAUAUCUUGUUGGUACAGCGACGGCUAGCCAGACAGACCUCUCAAAGUAUGUGAAUGCGCUUGUCGGGUCCGAAGGCCCGGAGGCAGGCACAGGUUUUGGUGGAGGAGACAUUUUUGUUGGUGGUGUACGACCGUUUGGUGUGGCAAAGGUGGGAAUCGAUUCUACAGCCGCAAAUUGGAGCACUGCGGUCUUGAAUGGCGGGUGGACGCCCGAUGGAAAUGUUACGGGCAUUAGUAUGAUGCACGAGAGUGGGACUGGUGGUGCUCCAAAGUAUGGGUUGAUUGCGCAGAUGCCAUUGACUUCUGUUGAUGCGCCAGUGAACAUACUGGACAAUCAAACAUACAGCCAGCCGAGAGUAGGGCAAGACGUGGCUCGUGUGGGGUAUUUUAAGACGGAGCUGAAGAGCGGAGUUACAGUUGAACUAUCGGCAUCUCGACAUGCUGGUAUCAUGGAGUACUCGUUUCCAAAGGGCGAGAAGCAUAUUCUCGUCGACCUGUCCCACUACCUGCCUGGAUCUCCUGGUGACGCGAAUAGUCAGUUCUUCGCUGGCGGAGAGAUUCAAAUUGAAGAAAGUGGGAAAGCCUAUAGUGGUUACGGAACCUAUAUUGGUGGAUGGAAUAAUGGGGCACCCUUCACUGUUUACUUUUAUGGAGAAUUUUCAGAGGCUCCGGACACUGCGAAAACUUUCUCCGGUGUCAACACAGAUCCCAUGCCCCAUUACCAGAAUCUCGCAAAUGGUGGUACCAGUGAGCCAACAUACGAAAACCAGGCCAAGGUGAUUUCUGGACCAAUGAACAACCGUAUCGGCGUUCUUAUGAGCUGGAACAAUGGGCCCGCCUCCCAUAUCAGCUCGCGCGUGGGCAUCUCCUCCAUCUCUGCUAAGAAGGCUCGUUCCUAUAUCAAAAACGAAAUCCCAUCGUGGAAGUUAAAUGACACUGUGAUAGAUGCCGUGAAGGAAUGGAAUGAGGAUGUGUUUCAGAAAGUUCAAGUUCCGUUGGAUGAUUCCGCAAAUCUGACCAAUAUUCGACUGCUGUAUACUUCGCUCUACUUCAUUCAUUUGAUGCCAUCUGAUCGGACAGGAGAAAACCCAUUAUGGCAGUCGGAUGAGCCAUAUUGGGACGACUUUUACACCAUGUGGGACAUCUUCCGCUGUACUGUCAGCUUCUACCACAUAUUCCAGCCUGAAUACUACGAGUCGAUGAUUCGAGGUCUGAUUGAUAUCUAUAAACAUGCAGGCUACAUGCCAGAUGGCCGCUCUGGGAAUUGGAACGGCCUAGUCCAAGGUGGCUCCGACGCAGACAAUGUCCUUGCUGACGCAUACGAUGCAGAGAUCACCCCGUACAAUACAUUUGACCCUACCGACUUCACUGCUAGCACCAAGGAAGGACGAGGUGCUCUAGAUGACUGGAAAGAGCUCGGAUAUGUGUCCCAAGACCGCAAUACCCGUUGUAUCUCUCGAACUAUUGAGUACAGUCUUAAUGACUUUGCGGUCAGCCAGGUAGCAGCAGGGGAGAUGCCUAGCGACCAAGAGAAAUAUCGCAACCGGUCUGCGGGCUGGCAGAAUAUCUGGGAUGCUAACGUGAAGAGCCUGAAUUUUACUGGCUUCCUAGCCCCAAGACUCUCCGAUGGGUCCUUCAAUAGCAGUGCUUAUGAUCCACUCUACUGCUACGACUGUGAGUGGUCAUCGUAUACGUACGAGGCCAUUCCCUGGGAAUAUUCAUUUGUCAUUCCUCAUGAUAUGCUAACGCUCAUAAAAUUCAUGGGUGGUGCCGAGACGUUCGAGUCUCGCCUUGAUCUGAUGUUUAUACCCAACACCUCGGUCCAGGAUCUCGGAGCCAACGGUGCUGGUAUAACUACCUUGAUUAACAUUGGAAACGAGCCUGAUUUUGCCACGCCGUAUCUAUACAACUACGUCAAUAAGCAAGCUAAGAGUGUUUUGCAAUCUCGCAGCCUUGCGACCCAAUACUUCAAGGACACGGCCUACGGUAUUCCUGGAAAUAGUGAUGCAGGGGCUAUGAACUCCUGGCUUCUGUGGCAAAUGCUUGGUAUUUAUCCCGUUGUCACUCAACCGGUGUACCUCCUGUCCUCUCCCUGGUUUCCCGAUCUGAAUAUGACCGUCAACGGAAAUCAAACGUUGCGUAUCAUAGCAAAUGGGCUGGAAGAUGGGUACUACGUGCAAGAUGUGAAGAUAAAUGGCAAGCCAUGGAGUAAGAACUGGUUCGAGCAUGACGACGUUAUGACCAAUGGAGGCACUAUCGAGUUUGAGCUUGGAGCGGAUGCAAAGGCGUGGGAAUCUGGAGAGGCGCCACCAUCACCCGGCCAUGUGGAGCUGGCAUGA